AUGCCCACAAUUACCAGUGCUGCCUCCGUGGAUACCGUCCUGAAUGCACAGCAGACUCGUAGGGCACUUAGCCGACCAGGGGCAUUGGCUCAGUUCCUAAAAAACGAAAGCCGACUCCUUAAAAAUAUUCCGGCAAAAACUGAGUAUGACGCCGUCAUCCAAGAAUAUUUGGACUUGGGCCACAUGCGUCAGGUUCCAUUUGACGGCACUAAUAACAAUUUUUAUUUGCCACACCAUGCGGUUUUCAAGCCCGACAGCACCACAACAAAGGUACGGGUAGUUUUUAACGCCUCUAGCAAGUCCACCAACGGAGUAAGUCUCAACGACAUACUUUACCCUGGUCCGGUACUUCAGUCCGAUCUCACUACUCAGAUUCUCAAGUGGCGUUUUUUCCGAGUAGUUUUCAAUGCCGACAUCACAAAAAUGUACCGCCAAAUUAUGGUCGAUCAAAUCCACACGCCAUUUCAGAGGAUCCUGUUCCUCGUCGUGGCUCUGACGUGGCUUGCUGAAAGGUCGUGCUCGAUGGUGCGGACUUGA